GGCCAGGCGCCUCGGCUCGGCGGUCUGCCCGGCCUCCCUCCUCCUCAUACUUUUCCUCCUGCGCAGCCCCCUCCCCUUUAUCCGCCCACGAUUAGAGGUGGGCACUACUCCUCACCCCCAUCCCGCCUCCCCCUACACACACACACACACACACACACACACUCAUCCCACUUGAAUCUUGGGGGCAGGAACUCAGAAAACUUCCAGCCCGGGCAGCGCGCACUUGGUGCAGGACGCAGGAGCAAGCAGCCCGGUCCCCCUCUGACUCUCCUGCUCUUGCUGCCCAGGGAGGCGCGGUGCCACCCACUGCUCGUCCCCUGCCGGUGCUCAGUGCCCGACCCGGGCUCCGCAGAAUCCACCCAUCCUCCCUUGCUUUCCGACUGCCCAGGGCGCUAUUUGUUUUCUCUCUCUUUCUCUUUCUUGCUCUGCGAGAGCGGAGCGGGGGGGAAGAGGAGGAGGAAUUCUUUCCCCGCCUAACAUUUCAAGGGACACAAUUCACUCCAAGCUCUUCCCUUUCCAAGCCGUUUCCAAGUGUUCCCGGUGAUCACAGCUCCUGAUCCUAAACCGGGAGGGGAGUCUCUCCACUUCAAACCCUCUUUUUCUUCUCCCUCGCUUUCCUCCUCCUCCCCGCACCUCCACCGCCACCUCCACCUUCGGCACCCACCCACCCUGCCGCAGCCACCAGCAGCGCCUCUUUUCCUCCUCCUCCUCCUCCUCCUCCUCCCUUCUUCUCUCUUUUUGGAAGCCGCUGGACGUCCGGUGUUGAUGGUGGCAGCUGUGGCAGCCUAAGCAGCAGCCCUCGCAGCACCCAGCUUUCGCUCACCCCGCCUCAUUCUCCAGCCCUAUCAACCACUCUCGCGAAAGGUGCUGGGCCGAUUGGGGGCGGCGGAGGCGAAGCAGCUGCAGCGGCUUGAGCGGCGGCGGCGGGAGGCAGGAUGAGCGCACGCGGUGAAGGCGCCGGGCAGCCGUCCACUUCUGCCCAGGGACAACCUGCCGCCCCGGCGCCUCAGAAGAGAGGACGCGGCCGACCCAGGAAGCAGCAGCAAGAGCCAACUGGUGAGCCAUCUCCUAAGAGACCCAGGGGAAGACCCAAAGGCAGCAAAAACAAGAGUCCCUCCAAAGCAGCUCAAAAGAAAGCAGAAGCCACUGGAGAAAAACGGCCAAGAGGCCGACCUAGGAAAUGGCCACAACAAGUUGUUCAGAAGAAGCCUGCUCAGGAGGAGACUGAAGAGACAUCCUCACAAGAGUCUGCGGAAGAGGAUUAGGGGGCACCAACGUUUGAUUUCUACCUCAGCAGCAGUUCGAUCUUUUGAAGGGAGAAGACACUGCAGUGACCACUUACUCUCUAUUGCCAUGGUCUUUCCACUUUCAUCGGGGGCGGGUCGGGUGGGGUGGGGGAAGGGUGGGGGAAGGGGAGAAAUCACAUAACCUUAAAAAGGACUAUAUUAAUCACCUUCUUUGUAAUCCCUUCACAGUCCCAGGUUUAGUGAAAAACUGCUGUAAACACAGGGGACACAGUUUAACAAUGCAACUUUUAAUUACUGUUUUCUUUUUUCUUAACCUACUAAUAGUUUGUUGAUCUGAUAAGCCAGAGUGGGUGGGUGAGAAAAACUCUGAAUCAGGUUUAGUCAAUCACUGCACUGCACACAAACCAGAAAUGUGUCACACUCGUGACGUUGGGCAUUCACGUAGGACAGGCGCGGUGUGUAACACUGUCGGCCUCCAGCGCCACCCAACCCACUCGCCAUAGUCAAGCUUCUGUUUAGAACACCAAAGAUAGGAAUAGAUACUAUUUCUCUCUUUUUCGUAUAAUCUUGUAGACACUUACUUGAUGAUUUUUUAACUUUUAUUUCUAAAUGAGACGAAAUGCUGAUGUAUCCUUUCAUUCAGCCAACGGACCAGAAAAGGUUAUGCUCGUUUUUUAAAAAGGGAAGUAAGCAAACAAGUAUGAGCAACUCCUAUAUUUAUGGACACCAUACAUAUCAGUAGGAGGAAUACAUCUACUUGCCACACUCAUUUUCAGGAAAAACAAUCAUCUGGUAGAAUCUACUUCCUACAGAGCCAAAUGACAGUUAGCAAUAAAUUGCACUUGUCAGCCUCAAAGCAUUUAAGGAACCUGGACAAGUAAAAUCAUCUUCUUUGUAAUUUAAUGAAAAGGUACAAGAAUAAUGCAUGAUGAACUCACUUGAUUUAUGAGGUAGGAGGAGCGAAAUCUAAAUUUCUUUUGCUAUAGUUAUGCUACAAUUUUUUUUAAAAAAGCAGUCUUUCUCUCUCUCUCUCUCUCCCCCUCCCCCUCUCUCCUCUCCUCUCUCCAUUGUGUAUCAGUUUCCGUGAAAGACCUAAAUACCACUUACCUCAAAUUAAGUUUAUGUGUUACUUCAAGUAACACGUUUUGACAUAGGAUGGUUGACUGAGGUGCUUUGCUUUGGCUUCAGUUCACCAUCUCUUCAUUCAAACUGCACUUUUAGCCAGAGAUGCAAUAUAUCCCCACUACUCAAUACUACCUCUGAAUGUUACAAUUAAUUUACAGUCUAGUACUUUUUACAUGCUGCUAUACACAAGCAAUGCAAGAGAAAAAUUGAAUGGGUAGGUGAUGCUAAUCGCGGUUCUUUUUGUACACUUAAACUACAGUUACAGAAGCGGUCUCCUUACUGUGUGUCAGCAUGGCUAUGUAUUUUUCUACAGUUUUUUUUUUAAUUAAAAUUUUACAAAUACUUGUUUCAGCUUCUCCGCUAGAUUUCUACAUUAAGUCGAAUAGUUUUUUAACCAAGUCGCUCCUAGGUUCUUAAGGAUCUUUUUCCUCAAUCGCACUACACGUCACACGAAAUUUGACUGUAAUGUUUAAAUAUUACCCUCCAAGUUUGUACCUCAAAUGAAUUGUUUAAGGAAAUGAACUGAUUGACUUGCAGAGACCUACCUCCAGACUUCAAAAGGAAUAAACUUGUUACUUGCAGCCUUCAAUUUCGUCAAAGUUUGACAUGGUUCAAACUGCAGCUACCCCUAGUCAAAACUAUUUUUGUAAAAGACGUUUGCUAGAAAGGAACACAUUUUUACAUACUUUUGCAAAUAAGUAAAUAAAGCCAACCUUCAAAGAAACUUGAAGCUUUGCAGGUGAGGUGCAACAAGCUCAGCUUUUGCGAUGCAAUCAGAAAUAUGUGUUUUUAAGAUUAGUUGAAUAUGAGAAAAUGCUUGACAAAGAUUUUCAUGUAUUUUACACAAAUGUGAUUUUUGUAAUAUGUCUCAACUAGAUUUAUUGUAAGCGCUUCUUACGUAGAGUUUUUAUUCUUUUCUCUGCUAGUGAGUGUGCUGACUUUUUAACAUGGUAUUAUCAACUGGGCCAGGAGGUAGUUUCUCACGAGGGCGUGUGUCAGUGUGGCUUCCCGUUCUGCCGCCAAACGGAACUCAAAACCAUCUCUCUUCCAGCCACUUCAGGGAGGUAGCUUCAAAGACCGCACACCUCUCUCAGACUGGCAGAUGGCUCACUGUUGUGAAUCACCAAAGGAGCUGUGGAGAGAAUUAAAACUCAACAUCACUGUUAACUGUGCGUUAAAUAAGCAAAUAAACAGUGGCUCAUAAAAAUAAAAGUCCCGAUCCACAUCUUUGGUGGGGCCUUUUUGAAACCUCAUUGGCCAGCUCAUAAAACUGACGCGGUUACUCAUGUUGGCCAAACUAGGAAACCGAGCAAUUUCCAUCUCUGAUGAAGUUACUGUUUUAUGUCUUCUACGUUGUACAAUCAAAACACACUACUACCUCUUAAGCCCCAGUAUACCUCAUUUUUCAUACUGAAAAAAAAAAAGCUUGUGGCCAAUGGAACAGCAAGAACAUCAUAAAAUUUUUAUAUAUAUAGUUUAUUUUUGUGGGAGAUAAAUUUUAUAGGACUGUUCUUUGCUGUUGUUGGUCUCAGCUAAGUAAGACUGGACAUUUAACUUUUCUACCAUUUCUGCAUGUUUGCAGGAGAAAAUUUUCAAGACGUUUAACUGCAGUUGACUUUCUCCCUAUUCCUUUGAGUGUCUUCUAACUUUAUUCUUUGUUCUUCAUGUAGAGUUGCUGUCUAUGAUUGUACUUUGAAUCGCUUGCUUGUUGAAAAUAUUUCUCAGUGGAUUAUCACUGUCUGUUCUGCACAAUAAACAUAACAGCCUCUGUGAUCCCCAUGUGUUUUGAUUCCUACUCUUUUUCAUAACUCCAUUAAAUAAAGUUUGGUCAAAACAGG